GCUAACCCUAUAGCGUGGUGUGUGAAAUAAUAUCUGACAUAUUUUAGUUCCAGACAUGGCAAAGCAAUUUCAGUUAAAUAACAAGCGUGUAGACAAGUCUAUUCAGAAUUUUCUACAGGAAAAACGAGCUACACAACAGCAUGAAAAACAACUCCGUCGCCUGGAAAUCUCCAAGGCAUCAACAAUCAAAGACAUUGAUUCCGAGAUGGAACAACUGAAGGACAAGUUAACAAUGUACGGCCAAGGGAUGACCCGAUUAAGUUCAUACUUUAAUAAGGAGAAAACAGAUAUUAACAAGAAUACGAUUUGGUUUCCGUUAGAACGGUCGCCAUCCGAUUGGGAUCCGCGGCCGUGCUGGCUCGGGAAGGCGGCAGUGAACGCGGGCCGGUGCCUCUACUUUCCGUGCAGGCGACACACCUCGUACCACUUUAUGUUCCGGGAGUUUCCACAGUGGGUUUUGGACCGGGCGGAGGAGAGUGUCCGCCGUAGCAGACAUGGACACCUGGAACAGGAUAAUACACCAACUGCGAAAGAAGAGCACGAUGGAAGUACAUGUAUUGCUUCUUUGACAGACAUAUCAGAUACGAGCGCCAGGGGUACUGCGGACAGGUCAGUAUUCCGAAAACCGUGGUUACAGAAGCCAGACACACACUUACCAAAGAUAGACUUUCCCGUCGGAAUGACCACACAAGAGAAGAAACUUAAAAUUACAAUCGAGAAGAAGCGGCUACGGAAUGAGAUGGAAAAUAAGCCUGCGGAGAGGUGCGUGAAUUAUGGUCAACCAACCCCUAUCCGGCGGCUUCAGAGGCCCGUAAGACCUGUGGUCAGGAGAAUGGACAUCAAGGGAUAAUUAUAGUGUGUUAUAACUGAUGUGUAACUAGUAUUCUUCAGAAUGAUUUCUUAAAAAGGUCAUUGAUGUUAAGUUUCUAUGUGUUACGUUUGUUAAUUAUUUUAAUAGUCGAGUUAAUACAUGAAUCGUUUUGCC